UGGCUGCAGACCCGAGCCACGGGACAGAAACACGGCGAGGAAGCAAGAGAACAGAGGCAGGCGAGGGGGGUGAGGAUGCGGGUAAGAAAAGCGCGACAGAUGACGAUGAUGAUGGCGAGGACGGGGAUGAAGAUGAGAAUGAUGAUGCUAUCGACGAAGGAAUGGUCGUAGAAGAAGCGGAAGAAGAAGGGAAAAUAAAGCUCUGCGGGAUCGGAGGAUAGUAACAGUGGUGAUGGUGAUGGUGAGGCAGUUUGGCUUGUGAGGACGGGACCGCAGAGGCGAGGAUGCUCGGACGAUCGGAGCACCUGCUCGCUCAGUUUUGAUCAUUGUGCAGGGUAAAACCUCGGGUAUCACCGAGAGUUUAACGAAGCGCUAUUCUGAGGAGGUGGGCCAAGUCCCAGGAGAGAGAGAGAGAGGGAGAGAGAGAGAGAGAGAGAGCUCUCCGAGGACCUUUGGACUGAGCGCCGGUGAUCCAGCUGGGAUGUUGUUGUUCUGUUGUCAGUGAUGUGAGGCGACAUUAAGGAGCUGGUGAAAGGAAUCCUGACACAUAUUCCUACAUAUUUGCAGGUGGACAGAGAGGAGAUUAACAAGAAUCUAUAAAGUGUUCACUGAUGACAUUUACAUGUAUAGCAGCACUGUGUCGUACAGACCAGUAGAAGUUGGCUUCCUGCCUGUUGAGAUGUGCCAAUAGGAAACACUUUGAACAGGGGUUCAUGCUGAUGAAAUUGAUCUGCUCAGUGAGCUCCAACCAGAGCCAUGGGGAGUACCCAGACUGCCGGAGUGAGAGGGAGUCAGGAGGGGAGGCAUCUCUCCUGGUGUCUCCGCUGGUGGUGGCGGGGAUCGUUAUAGGUCUAGUCCUCUUCCUCUCAUGCAUCACCAUCAUCGUCGGCAGCUUGCGCAAAGACAGUCGACUCCGAAACCCUCACCUUCGAGCAAGCUAUGGACAAGAUAGUUUUUCUUAUGGAGGUUCAGCAGGUGAACUGAGGUCUAGCUGCUUGGAAGACUUUCCUCCUGGUUUAGACUUUGACUCAUACAGAGAGUCUCAGAUAAACAGUGUGUAUCCUGACUCCCCACCACGCUAUGAUGAGUGUGUUGGUCCAGGUUCGACUCAGAUCUACAUCCCUACAGAUGACCCACCUCCUUACUCAUUGGUGGACCCCUGUCAGGGAGGAGCAGAGCAGGAGGAACGGCCUAGCUACUCCCUUACAGAUCCUUCCCCAUAUUGCGGAGAGACCUCAGCCAGUGCUGCCUGGUUUUCUCCCUCCCACUACCCACUGGGACUGCAAGAGCAGGAGCAUCAACAUAUUGCAUCCAUCUCCUUCCCACUGGAGGCAGCACCACCUUAUGAGUCAAUGCUGCCAGAGCAGGGACAACCCCUCCCUCUCAUGCCAUGUGACCUUUAUAAACACCAAUCAGAGAGGGGGGAUGAUGGCAACUCCCAGCAACUCCCUGCGAACCAGAUCUCAUAGGACAGUUAAUUUGUUUCUCUCACCUGUGGGCUUGGUGAAUUAAACAAACACUUGGGAUGUGUGGAAAAUAGCUUUCGUUUGCAGCUGUGACACCAAACGAUAGUCCAAAAGAUGUACAUUUCUUCCACAGGGUUGCAAAGACCUGAAGAGGCUGAAGCUCCACUUGACUGCAGUGCAGUCAAAACUCCAGCUUUCAACCAUUUAACUAUUGUUUGUCUAUGGACAAAAUAAAACUUAAGAACUGCAUUAUACUGUAAAGUUCCUGGAAUGGCAACUUCUCUCAAAGGCUUUCUUCUAUGUUGUUUAGUUUAGUUUUGCCAUGUUUUGACUGUUAUCGUCUCCUUCUUGAAGUAGGACUGAUACAAGAGUUGUGUGUCUUGUGCGGAGUUUAGUCUGAAUCGCCACUAAACAAAUGCAUUUACAUUUAUCCAUCAUGUCAUAGACAACAGGAAAUUGAGUUUGUCUUUACAAGAAAGAGUAUGAACAGUAUAGAUGUGGGUUUUAGUAGUCUAGUUUAAGGUAUACACAAGCACACUGAGUACCAUCCUUGAGUUUAUUUUGCUGUGAUGUCACAUAUCUGCAUAUUUAGAAAUGUUUUGGAAAAAAACUGUACUUAGCUCUGAUGUUGUAUAGAACAUGUCAACUACCAGCACACCACUGCUGAUUUACAAUUUCUAUAGCGUGUGCAGACAGUAGAAUGGUGUAUGGCAACCUCCAGUGUUAGUUUGUUGGUAGUGGUAGUUUGAUUAGAAGGAGUUUGUGAUGAAAUGGCUGUGUAUAACAGGGAACUACCUGGACAAGGAAUUAUCAACAUGCCAUUUUUCCAGGUAUAUUUGUAUUACCUUUUAGCACCAUGAUGAUGCUAUAGAAGACAUUGCUAGCAUGUCAUUUGAAUCUGUCAUCACCAGAGAGGGGUUCAACUUGUCCAGCUGUAUAAGUUGUCAUAAUUCUUCCAAUCAAGGGCUCUGGUUUUAAUGUCAAUGCUGUAACUGGAUCCCAGCAGCAAAAUGUAGCUUGGAGCUCUCCUCUUGUCGAGGUUGGGUUGAUGCAACGGAGAAGAAACACAGUAAACUGUAGACUUUAUUAUAUUAUUCACUCAUAAGGGAUGCAUCUGUGUUGUUGUUCUUGUUCUGCUCUCAUAAAAUAAUUCACUUGGCUUAAACAGUCACAAUCUAUUUUUGUGCAUUGCACAGAGGUGAGCAACACAUUGUUUGCGAUAGCCAAUAAACUGAUUACUAAUGAACAAAAUAAUCUGAUGUGGAAACUUUGUGGGUCAUUCCGUCUUAACUCAUUAAAUUUCUAGUAACUUCUCUUUUCAACCACCUUUGUUUUCCAUGAAAUGUUUAGAGUUCAAAAUUUGGUUAUAUACUGUAUAAUAAUUGCUGUGAAAAUUUACCUUAAGAUGUUAAAUACCUUUCUAGAUUUUAAAAACAACAACAUUAAUUUACACAUUAGUGUAAUAUUUGGACAUGUAUCCUAAACACGAUUUGAGACAGAGUGACCCAAUAAGAGUUUUGUAAUAUGCAAAGCCUUUAGCAUUUGACUCUAAAAUAUAUUUCAGCUACAGUAUCUCGACAUUUAAACAUGUAACUGUCAGCUGCGAAGUUUCUGCUGGUACUUGUAAAUCAAAGGGUCCCCUUGAAUGAUUAUUACAUCAUUCUGCCAGACAGGCACCAGACUUCUUUUACAGGCAUUAUUUAAAAAUGUUUAAGAUGAUAAACAUGCAUGGCCUGUUUCAAGUGUUAGAAUUGCAAAAUAGUUCAAGAAAAGAUAAAAGAAAAUGAUCAACGUGUCCUUGAUACAGUAUUUCCUUGUUAUUUUGCUUUAGAUGCAUCAGGGGAAAUUAGAGUUUAUACAACAGCAGAUAUGUGGUCAAAUGCAUCCCAUUAGCAGGUGGUUUGGGUGAUCUGAUAAUGCUGUGUAUUGGUGGUCAUUUACACUAAUAUGCAUCAGAGCUGUCUGUUGCUGAGCAAACUGCUUAAAGUGUAAACAAAGUAAAUCCAGAUACAAAUGUUUUCGAUGUCUCACCAUUUAUGCAUCAUUUCCUAAUCAGAAACAAAGCAAUAGAUAUGAAUGUCUUAAUUCUUUGUAAUGUCUUGCAUCAGCUAAAAUGCAUCAGCUGCGCAUAAAUUGAGUUGAGCAAAGGAGAAGUAAAGCCAGUCGGAAGCAUUUGUAGUGAACAAUUUUGCCAAUUAAUAAUUAGUCAGCAUUAAAAUGGUAAAUAACUUAAUAACGGAGAGAUAAUGUUGUUAUUUCGAUAUAUAUCUGCAGCCAUUCUGUCAAAUGGACCAUUCAAUCAUUACACACUCCAUUCUGUUAAUGAGAUGUGGGGAAACAUCAGGGCAAGUAAUUCCAAAGAAAUCUAAAUUGUUCAUUAUUUAUUUUGUGUUUGAGUUUAAAACAUAAUAAGAUGGGAAAUUCUUUAAACUACAACAGACAUGGUAACAUGAGCUACAGUUACCAUGACAUAGACAUGAUCAGAGGGGGAUUUUUACAAUGUGGGUGUUAUCUCUGAACAGCCAGGCUGGACAAAAGCAGAACAAAUCACAAACUUUUCUAACCUUAACCAAAAUGGAACAAAAUCCCAGACAGCCACUGUUGGUGCACAAAAUAUGAAUAUACCUGCAUUAUGGUCACCAGACAACCUGAUCUAUUACCUCAGGUGUCUGUGUACAUAUGUUAUAUAAUUUACUAUAUGUGUCACAAAUACACAAAAUGUUUGAAUGAAGUGUUUAGAGUUAAAAUUCAGGCUAUCCUGGAGACACUAAGACCUGUAGACAACAUCAUCAUUCACCAGUUAUUGAAGCAGGAAGCCACUGAAGGCUGAGCUUUAAUAACAAUUUUUUCAAUGUUAGUUUAAUUGAACAAAUUGACAAUUUUUUUAAGUCGUCUUUUCGUGUGACAUUGUGUUUUAGUUAAAGAUGUGCCUAUUAGCCCCCAGACUGUUAGCUUGAACAUUGUAGCCAUAAUUAUCUCAAGGCAACCAAUCUGCUGCUUUGAGCUAAAUCUCUGGUGAUGUACUGAUUUACUGAUGUGGGUAAAAGCAUGCUAUUAUAACUGAAUCCCUGUUAAAUGCCUUGUGAUGACAGAUUUUACUGAAGGAUACCAUUUUCUUGACUGUUUCGAGCUGUUGUUAAGGGUUCUAGUUAAUCUUUGGUUGUCUUUUGGCUCAAAUUAGCACCUGGAAACGAGCCACUCACAACAUUGACUUCAUUACGUUAGAAACUCAGUACUGCUUUUAAGAUUUUAAGCAUUCAGUCAAGAGUAAUUUUCUCUUAUGGAUUACCAUAUGUUGUAAUAAAACGUUUUUG